AUGUAUAGCAUUAACACAAAAACAUAUGAAAGAGAUUAUGGUCAAUUUGUCAGUAAACCAAUUACUGCAAUGAAAGGAAUUAAUGAUAAAAUAAUUCUUGGAUUUGAAGAUGGGUCUAUUGAUAUAAUCUCACUUAACACAAAGACAAUUCAUUUUAAUAAAAGCGCCAAUGGAAAAAUAAGGAAUUGUUGUCCAUCUAAAGUUAUAUCAAUUAGUGGUAUUGAGAGAGACAAAGAUAUGAAAGUAGUAGCAUCAGAUGAUAUUGGAACAAUUAUUGUUGUUUCUAUUUAA